AUGGCAUCUGUAGGAAAAGAGGUUGAUGUGAAAGGGUAUCGGUUGACCGAAAAUUUUGUCACGACAUAUUUGGACGGCAAAUGGAAGUCCAAGGAUUUGGAGGCACACAAGUUAUCGUACUUCAACAUUUUCGAAGAGGUAGAACUUCAAAUUGAUAACCAAUACUUGGUGUCCACCUACAUUGCUGGAUUACCAACCAUCGCCCAAUCCGAAACCGAAUACGAUGUUUUGAAAUUGACAUCGAACCAAAAUGUUACUGCUCAGCUUCUCGAGUCGCUCUAUGGCCAAAUAGACUCCUACAACUACGACCAGAACAAUUUCAACUACUACCAAAGACACCUCCAGAAAGAGCAUGCUAAAAUUUCCCAGUGGAAACUGCAAAGAAAGUUGGAAAACAUCGAAAGAUCAAGAGCCGGCGAAAAGGAACUCGACCCCAACGAGUGGAAAACCUUGUUUAAAUUGCCUGUGGAACCUUCUCGUUACAACAACUUGUUGCACUCGCAUGCCAUUGAUGUAUUGGCCGACGAUAUUUUGAAAAAGUGCGACGAGGAGUUGACCAAGAGCUCUGCAAUUGAGCGUAAAUUGGUUGGCGAUGUCUAA